AUGUCAGCAGACAACCAAGAAAAAUCUCACGAAAAAAUGGAUAUCGACAGCAAUAAUCCAGCACAAGAUGAAGAGGUAGCUGUCGAAGAAGAAGAGGAAGAUGACCAAGACGUUGAAAAAAUCAAGAUCUUGCCAGGAGCUUCGGAAGAUGGUACAGCCGCCUCUUUCCAAAUAAUAGAAGAAGAUCAUACCUUGGGUAACGCAUUGAAGCUGAUGAUCAUGAAGAACCCAGAAGUGGAAUUCUGUGGGUAUUCGAUUCCUCAUCCUUCCGAGCCAAAACUCCACCUCAGAAUCCAAACCUACGGUAACAUCACUGCCGUUGAAGCCCUUCAUAAGGGUUUGGAUGAUUUGGCCAGUUUGUGUACUGUUGUCGAAGAAAAAUUCUCUCAAUCGGUCGCCCUGAACAAUUACAAGACCGUUAUUUCAUGA